AUGCUCCAGCGGCCGGCUCAAUCUAAGCCUGCUACCGCUAAUGGACACCCAGACACGGAGCAGGGUCCGACGCUGCAACAACACGAGCCCAAGAGCCCGCAAUACUCACCAACACCUACGGUCGAAGCUCCAGAAUCAGCCGACGACACUGCACCGACCAACAAGAAGGACUUAAAACUAAUGCUUGCCGAAAUCCAUAAAAUGCUGGCGGACGAUUCGGCCAUUCUUAAAACAGAAGUAAGGGCAGUGUCGGAGAGGGUCAGAACUAAUGAAACAGCCUUAACGGACGUACAGUCCUAG